GUGAGGAUAUGGAGAGAAGCCGAAAAAGAAAGCUUCAACCGCCAAAGCCAUCUCCCGCCAAAUCUGAGAUUGUAGAGAAGAAGGACAAUGCAGCUUCUGAAAGCAUGAAUGAACCCUACCCAACUCACCCUCGACCCAGCCCGGAAGAAUGCCGAGCAGUUAGGGACGAUUUAUUGGUACUAAAUGGCUUUCCUCCUGAGUUCGCCAAGUAUCGAUCUAAGAAGUGGAAGAAUAACCCUACUUCUAGUCCUGACGCGGCGGGUUCUUCUCCUUCUCCUCCUUCGCCAUCGUUAUCGCUUCCCUCGGUGAAAUCCGAGCCACGGGAGGACGGGGAAGAUGAAACUGAAACUGUGUUGGAUGGUCUCAUAAGCAUUCUUCUCUCGCAGAAUACAACUGAUGCCAACUCCACAAGGGCUUUCGCUUCUCUUAAACGCGCUUUCCCCACUUGGGAAGAUGUUCAUGGUGCAGAAUCAAAAUGUAUAGAGAAUGCCAUUAAAUGUGGUGGCUUAGCUGGGAGAAAAGCUUCCUGCAUUAAGAACCUAUUGAAGGCCUUGCUCGAGAAGAACGGUAAAAUAUGCUUGGAGUACUUGAGAGACAUGUCAGUUGACGAAAUCAAGGCCGAGCUCUGUCGUUACAAAGGCAUUGGACCCAAGACGGUGGCAUGUGUACUAAUGUUCCAUCUUCAGCAAGAUGAUUUCCCCGUGGACACACACGUUUUUCGGAUCACAAAGACUAUGGGUUGGGUACCCGUACAGGCAGACAGGGAGAAGGCAUACCUUCAUCUCAACAAACGGAUACCAAAUGAAUUGAAAUUUGAUCUGAAUUGUCUAUUUGUCAGCCAUGGUAAGCUCUGCCAUAUGUGUGGGAAGAAAGGGCUUCUUAAUCAGCAAAGAACCUCCUGUGACCAGCCCUGCCCUCUAUCCAAAUACUAUUGUAGCACAGACUUUAAAUAAAUAAACAAAUAUAUUAUGGGUAGGGACCAUCCUCUUCCCCUGCCUC